UGGGCGAAGUACUGUAGCAUCUACGGAUACAGUAAUACCUGAAAUACAUGAUCUAUUCCGUAUCUUCAUCAGUAUUCCCUACGAGCACGGGAAUGACAAGAUCAACGAGGCGGGCAGUUUGGCGUUCAAUGACGGACGACUACAACUUUAAAUCCAGAUCAUCUACUGAUCAGCGAAAUGCGGUUCAGGACAGACCUCAAGAAUAUCCGAACAUUCUCUAAACUGACAGCGGCUCUCAAUUCUCUUGAGAGAAUCGCGUGGUUGCGCCUCGACGAUGACACGGUUCGGUUCACGGUCAUCCCGGACACGGGGUCCCAAGUCUGGGCUUCUCUUUCAGCAGAGUUGAUAUUUGAUAAUUACCAUCUCCAGUCAGCCGAGGCAAACAACACAAUCAAUCUAGAGCUUCCCUUGGGACCGCUCCAGCGCGCUCUCAAAUCUGCGUUUGGUAGUAACCAGGCCAACCUACGUCUAACCAAGCGCGAUGGCGUGCCGAUGCUCUCGAUGACCAUCCAUACCAUGACUAAGGACGGCGCACAAGACACCCGGAGCGGUGGCGGUGGACAAUUUGGAGGCGGCGGUGGCCGGGGCCAUGCUUGCGUUGGUGGCCAUGGCUAUGACGAAGAUCCCGACCCAUUUGACGAUGCUGCGGAACUGUUCCAGCAGGAGUCGCUGGAACUUACAAUGAAACGUGAGCGUGAGAAGGUGAUUACGCAGGACAUACCCGUGCGGGUGCUGCACCCGGACUCGGUCGAGUUGAUCAUGCAGCCCAAAGUGCGCGAGCCCGACGUCUACAUUCAACUGCCCCCGCUCCUUCAGCUCAAGGCCAUCUCGGAUCGCUUUACCAAGUUGGCCCUCACGACCGCCACCACGGGAGGCACCCGCGCCGCUGGCGCAUUGCAGAAUCCCAAGCUAGAGCUAUCGGCCAAUAUGCAUGGCUCGUUGCGUUUACGCCUAGUCGCCGAGACCCUAGACAUUACGAGUGUGUGGGAUAAACUCGAAAACCCCGAGCUCGACCCGGCACAACUCACAGUGCCGAUGAAUGAGCAUCCCAGCACCAUAUAUAAGAAUGCUGGCGCAAACAAAUGGGCGACGGUCCGCGUAGAUGGCAAGGACUGGAGCAGGGUGCUAAGCGUUGGCAGACUGGAGGGGAGGGUCAUUGCCUGCUUUACUGAUGAGCACGCUCUGAUCCUAUACGUCUACGUGCCUCACUUUGAUGAUUCGUCCUCGGAAGAUGUUGUCACGUAUUAUGUGACCUCAUACAGUACUUAGCAUCACCGGUUCUUUUGGUUUGGCGUUAUAGUCUCUUGAAGCUUUCUCUCACCCAUAAUACGAAAUGGGUCGUUAUAUAUGAGACUCGGGUGUUGAUGCUUGCUUCGAGCCUGGGGCGUAACAUGGCCUCCAAAGGCGUUAAGGUUGGGGGCAUCUCAGCGAAAUACUGGCUAGGUUGCUUUCAAGGUGUAUUGAACUUGGAGAGGAUGGAUCUUAUCGAUCUGGAAUUGCACAGUCACCAAGCAUAGAGAAACGCUC